AUGGAGGGACUGGAGAAACAGAGUAUAUGGGAACAAAUGAAGGAAAUUGUGAUGUUCACGGGACCUGCUACAGGGCUUUGGCUAUGUGGGCCAUUAAUGAGUCUUAUUGACACUGCAGUUAUUGGUCAAAGAAGCUCUCUUGAGCUUGCUGCUCUAGGUCCAGGGACAGUGAUAUGUGAUUAUACAAGUUAUUUGUUUAUGUUUCUCUCAAUUGCUACAUCAAAUCUGGUUGCCACUUCUCUCGCUAGACAGGAUAAAAAGGAAGUCCAGCAUCAAAUAUCUAUACUUCUCUUUGUUGGGUUGACUUGUGGCUUCUUGAUGCUCUUUUAUACAAAAUUCUUUGGGCCAUGGGCACUAACCGGGCCUAAGAACUUGGAUAUUGUGCCUGCAGCGAAUACAUAUGUUCAGAUCCGAGCCUUGGCCUGGCCUGCAGUUCUUGUUGGAUGGGUUGCUCAAAGUGCCAGUCUUGGCAUGAAAGAUUCCUGGGGACCUUUAAAGGCUUUGACAGUUGCCACUGUUGUAAAUGGUAUUGGUGAUGUUGUCCUCUGCAUCUUCUUAGGCUAUGGCAUUGCUGGGGCAGCAUGGGCAACAAUGGUAUCACAAGUUAUUGCAGCUUAUAUGAUGAUUGAAGCACUGAACAAGAAAGGAUACAAUGCAUUUGCCUUCUCUGUUCCAUCACCAAAUGAAGUCUUGACAAUACUUGGACUUGCUGCUCCAAUAUUCGUGGCAUUUUGGGCGCUUGUUACAUAUUUUGCUACAUCUAUGGGCGCUCAUGUCGUGGCCGCUCAUCAGGUGUUCCGAAAGGUCUGUCUUAUGAAACAGGCACGGAUGCUGCUAAGUUCACUUUUGAUAAUUGGAGCUACACUUGGCCUCGUUCUAGGGAUAGUUGGAACAUCUGUUCCUUGGUUGUUUCCUAAUAUCUUCACCCCCGACCAGACGGUUAUACAGGAGAUGCAAAUGGUUCUGAUACCUUACUUUAUAGCAUUAUCUGUGGCACCCAGCACUCAUAGCCUUGAAGGAGCAAUGCUGCUUGCAAGAAAUGGAGGGUAUGGUUUGCCGGGCUGCUGGUGUGCACUUGUAGGAUUUCAAUGGGCUCGAUUUUUCUUUAGUCUACAACGUCUUUUGUCUCCUGAUGGCAUUCUUUACUCCGAAGACUUGAGCCGUCUUCGUGUACUUUUGGCAAUUGAGUUUUUGAGGAAAAUUUUAAAGGAAAAUGCGAAGGAAAUGGAAGGAUCUGGGAAGCCAGCUCUAUCUUUAGUUUCACCUGACUCUCACAGUUCUCUUUCGCAUCCAGGUUCACUCGUUGUUAAAUCAAGAAGUAGACUUCUAGCACCUUGCAUUAGCCCUGCCCAAGAAUCCGGAAACAAUUCUGUGACUGAAAAUGAAAGUGGUACCGAUUCGGUUUCAGAACUUAAAGAAGAAACAGAAAGGGAGGUGACUAGAGAGGUUCUGGGGAAUCAGAGUAUGUGGGCGCAAAUGGAGGAGAUUAUGAAGUUCACAGGACCUGCUAUUGGACUGUGGAUAUGUGGGCCAUUGAUGAGUCUCAUUGACACUGCAGUUAUUGGUCAAGGAAGCUCUAUUGAGCUCGCUGCUUUAGGUCCCGGGACAGUUCUGUGUGAUGGUAUGAGUUAUUUAUUCAUGUUCCUUUCAAUUGCGACUUCGAAUAUGAUUGCCACUUCCCUUGCCGAACAGGACAAAAAUGAAGUGCAGCAUCAACUAUCUAUGUUGCUCUUUGUUGGGUUGACUUGUGGUUCUCUGAUGCUUUUUUUCACAAAGUUCUUUGGCCCAUCAGCAUUAACUGAUGCCGUGCCUUAUGAUAUUAGAGGUCAACCAACGGUUGACAAAUUUGCUUUCGUUUUCUGUUCAGCUUUCACAGGGUCAAAUAAUUUAGAUAUAAUUCCUGCAGCUAACACAUACGUUCAGAUUCGAGGAUUAGCAUGGCCUGCAAUUCUUAUUGGAUGGGUUGCUCAAAGUGCAAGCCUUGGAAUGAAAGAUUCGUGGGGACCAUUGAAGGCGUUGGCAGUUGCUAGUGCUGUAAAUGGCAUUGGUGAUAUAGUCCUAUGCAGAUUUCUUGGCUAUGGUAUAGCUGGCGCAGCAUGGGCAACAAUGGCAUCACAAAUUAUUGCAGCUUUUAUGAUGAUUGAUUCACUGAACAAGAAAGGAUACAAUGCAUAUGCAAUCUCUGUUCCUUCGCCUAAUGAACUUAUGAUGAUAUUUAAGAUUGCUGCUCCAGUGUUUAUUGUGAUGAUGUCAAAGGUUGCUUUCUAUUCUCUCAUCGUAUAUUUUGUUACAUCUAUGGGCACCCUCACCUUGGCCGCACAUCAGGUCAUGAUUCAAGCACUCUUCAUGUGCACAGUUUGGGGCGAGCCUCUUUCUCAAACUGCACAAUCAUUUAUGCCUGAGUUUAUGUAUGGAAUCAAUCGAAGUUUGGAAAAGGCUCGAACUUUGCUGAAAUCACUGGCGAUCAUUGGAACAAUACUUGGACUGGUAUUAGGGAUCGUGGGAACAUCUGUUCCUUGGUUAUUCCCCAACAUCUUCACACAUGAUCAGAAGAUCAUACAGGAGGUCAACUGUAGCAAUUUCUCUGUGACUGAAUAUCGCAUAUAUGCACAAAGUGCUCAUACCAUUUUUCUUGCAAUAGCUGUGACUCCCUGCACUCUUAGCCUUGAAGGAACACUGCUGUCUGUUUCUAUGCUGGUGGUGAAGUCUGUUCAUGUUGUUGUGGCAUUGCGCUUAAUAACGCGGAAUUUGUUUGAAUAUGAAGGGUGGAUGGGUGGCACAUAA